AUGGUGGGAUCACAGCGCUACAUCUCCAAUGUGAUCACCACCCCCACUGCCACCUACGUCACCGUUGCCAACAACAAUCAGUUGCCAGCGAAUGCACAAGGCAUAGUCAUGCUACAAGUACGAGACAACAACACACACUUCACCUUCAACGAUGUGCUCUAUGUGCCAAACUUGCGCUUGAAUCUGCUGUCUGCGGGACAACUUUCCGACUGUGGAGUCACAUUCACCACCGACCCUCUCACACGUGACCUCGAGCUCUACUUCGCUCCUCCCGACACACCUGUCGAAGACCGGAAAUACCUCGGGAGAGCACGCUCCAUCAUCGGAGUCUAUGUGCUCGACUUCGACCUUCCCGACUGCAGAGCCACGCUUGACGAGCUCGCGGACCUCAUCCCACUGGACUUUGCUCACAAGUCCGAGAACUCAUGGAACCACCUUGACGUGCCGCCGUGGAUUAGACGCAACCCUCACCCUGGUGAGAUGAAUAUAUACUCACCUGGACCAGAUGGGCGCUGCACCAGCUGCUUCACACCCACAGUAAGCCGCACCGAGAAAGUCGAGAGGGAAGUAGCGGCAAUCGAAGAAGCGGAGAGCGAUGCACCACCAACGAAAGGCAUGACAGAGAUAGAACUGGCAACUGCCUCCUAUCGCGUCUUCGGCAACAAGCAAGAAGAACUUGGCGUCCCGGAAGCAGAACGCCUCGGCCCUGCAUCAGAAACGGUUUAA